UGCCCCCUCCUGUACCCUCGUUCUGCUCCCCCCGCCCACCACCUCCCGUGCCCUAUUCACCCCAGGCUUGGACCCGAGCUCGCCCCUGCGCGUGUCCUCUCAACUCCGUUAAGGAGAUUGCAGCUUCCCUGGACCCUCGGAAGAGGCGCUUGCGUGUGUGGCUUUCUAGGAACAAAAGCCAGGAUGGAUCUUCAAACAUGGCAUUUGAGAGCUACAAAGCUGGCUUUAGCCUUGGCAAUUAUCCACUCCAAGCCAGCAGACAGAAGCAGCAGAGAAUACACAGAGCACCUUGUAACACUGGUAUCUGAGCAGGAUUCAAACUGCAGAUCAAAAGUUGAAGCCUUGGAAGCUGAAGUUCUACAGUUGCGUCAAGAAGUUCUUCUGAGUAGGAUUUGUUCAGGAUUGUGUAAGAAUGGAACACUGUCUUCCCAGGAACCCAAAAGUUCUGAAAAUACAUUAACUCAGCUGGCAGAUUCUGGGUAUGAUUUAUCAAAUGAGUGGGAAACAGAACUUCCAGAGUUAUCCCAGCACUUUGUGGAGAGCUGCAACCCCCCACCCUUUCCACCACUGCCUUUUGUGAGAAAAGCCCAGGCCUCCCGAGAAAGUCCUCUGUCUUCUCACAUGAAGUUCUUGCAACAUCUGCUAGCACUAAAGAACUUGACUGAAUCAGGUAGUCUGGUGUUAACUCAUGCUGAAAAGGACUCUUCCACCAUCUCUGAUUCUGUUUCUCAGAUGCUUGAUGGCCUGAUCACAUUUUACCGUAAUCCCAAACUUCCUUUUUCAAGGUUUUGGACAGAAGCUGUUGAAACUUUGGCAAGACUGAUCAGUGAUUGUAACUUCUCUAACCAUAUUGUGAAAACGUGUUCUAAGAAAUUGGAAGAAUUUGAAAAAACCUUGCUACAGGUUCUUAUAGGGAGAAGUCACAUAAACCGGGCCCUGUCACCCAAGGACGGUGCCUGCCUCACCUCCAGGGUGCCAGAUGCUGGGGGUUCUGCCCAGAGGCGACCUGCUGCACGUGAGCAUUCUGGGGAGCAGGGACUACUGGGGCUCAGAGGUGGCCUCUACCAGUCCACUAGACAGAGGAGGAAGGGGCGCCAGGCACUACUCAGACCUUACAAGGGAGAAAGAAUUAACGGUGCCAACUCCCUCCUCCAGCCCCGGCGAAGCCAUUGGUCAAAGCUUGCGCCUGCUCUGGCCCCCUGCAGCAACACCUCUCCACGGAUGUGCAGAGAUAUCUCCGGGAAGGAAACACAGUACCUGGUACCUGGGAUGCUGGGUGAGGCUGCCUACAAGUAA